UGCUUACAUGUGGAUAAAGUAAACAAAUGUGUCAGAUAAAAAGUGGAAUGUAGGUUUUAACAGACGUUUGAUCCAUUUUAACCAUAGGUAGUUGCAAGCUCCACGUGACCACCUUCUUUUUUCUUUUUUUUGAAUGUUUUGCUCAACAAUCAGAGAGAGGGGAUGAAGAUAAGCAAAAUCGACAAAAACUUGGAGUAAGUUUUACAGAUCAUAUAUACCCACAACCAUGCACCGCCCCAGUAGCCGCUUCCUCAGCCGUUGAAGCCACCAGUCGAUACCCACUCCAAUCGCCGUCGUCUGAUGGCCCACCACUCCAAUUGUUACCGCCUGAAGUUGCUAAACCAGCGCCACUACCGUCUUCGAUCACCACCGUCUUAAAAACCGUAAAUCUGAAACCUUAAAUCGCCUUCCAGCCGCCACCGUCUUAAAGAAUUUUGUUGUCUCCUUCCCCUUCAAAAUCGAACAGUUUACCUUGGGUUACUUGUUGGUUAACAGAAGGUUGAGUUUACCUGAGUUACAUUUUGGUUAACUAGAGUCAAAUUUUCCAACAUAACGGCUGUUAACACUUCCCCCGCUCAAUUUACUUGUAUACCCUUACUCAGAGACGCAAAUACCCCCGGAUAAACACUUCAAGUUUAUCGAGGGAAUAAACUUGAAUUUCCUCAAAAAUAACAAACUCUAAUCGUGCGCCACUUCCUUACAUUGCCAUUUACACGCAAAAAUGUGAUUUGUGAUUAUCUUAUCCUCCAUUAAUUAAUUAAAUAAAUAAAGAUUUGAAUAGUUGAUACUCCACUGCUCCCGUAUCCUCUUCCACAAUUUCCUAUAAAUUUGUCCAUGAUACUCUUGUUUCUUUCUUCAGCUUCUUUGAUUGAAUCUCAUACACUAAAAAUCACUAACACAAAUUUUUUUAAAUUUAAUUAAUUUCACAAAAAAAUGGCACUUCUUUUCAAACCCACAAUUUCUUUCCCUCUUAAAUUUUCUUUAGACCCACCAAAGUCAAACUCAAGAAGUUCAAUUACCAUGAAAGAUAGUGUUAAUUGCUCCAAUUUUAGCACCAUUGUUGAUUCUUCUGCUGCAAUUGAGAAGAAAAAGUUGCCCAUUUUGCUGUUUGAUGUUAUGGAUACACUUGUUCGUGAUCCCUUUUACCAUGAUGUUCCAGCUUUUUUUGGUAUGUCCAUGAAGGAGUUGAUGGAAUGCAAGCAUCCAACUGCCUGGAGUGAGUUUGAAAUGGGAUUGAUUAAUGAGGCUGAAUUAGCUAAAAAGUUUUUCAAAGAUGGAAGGCACCUUGAUGUGGAAGGCCUGAAAGCAUGCAUGAAAAGAGGAUAUUCCUACUUAGAUGGUGUUGAAGAUCUUCUUCAAGUUUUAAAGAGAAACAACUAUGAAAUGCACGCUUUUACAAAUUAUCCAAUCUGGUAUCAACUAAUCGAGGAUAAGUUAAAGCUAUCAACUUAUUUAUCUUGGACAUUCUGCUCCUGUACAAUAGGUAAAUUAAAGCCAGACCCUAGUUUUUAUAGUGAAGCCUUCAAAUACCUUGACGUUGAGCCAGGAAGCUGUAUAUUUGUUGAUGAUCGGAUAAAAAAUGUGGAGGGAGCAGUGAGUGUUGGGAUGGUUGGCCUGCAAUUUAAAGGUGCAGAUGUGUUACGUAAAGAUCUGUCUCUUCUUGGCUUAAAUGUUUCUGCAGAUGAGCUCAGCCACAAUUGGAUGAGCUCAUGAAAGACGUUACAUUUUGAGUUUAGUAUUUGAUAUUCUUUCAAUUGCAGAAUUCCUUUGUCACUAAUUUUGUUACUCUGCAUUGAAUUCUUGGUGUUCUCUUUUUUUGAUUUUUUCCAUUUGGGUGGGGGGACUCAUGUAACAUCAUGUAUAUAUAAAAUUAUCUUCUCUUUUGUGUUAUGAUCUCGUCUGAAACUUAUAUGACUUUUGACUUGAUCGGUAUCAUGAUGCACCAUGACAUGAUCGUCAAACUACAUGACAUGGUCAUCUAAAUUCUAUACAAUUUUUAUUCCUAGCUUUC